CCAGUUUCUUGUUACAGGUUUUCGAAAAAUACACAAUCAUAUGAUUAAUGUACCUGAGUCGCUAGUUGAAACAGUGAUAACAAUGCUAGUGAUUGUUUCUCCUAUGUAUGGCUUUAAAACCUUAUACAAGCAGGGGAAAAUGCCUCAGUUAAUUUGCAAUUAUUGAAACAUAAGCAUCGCAAACAUAAUUUUAACUAUGGAGAAACUUAGUCGUUACGGUGGAAUAUUACUUCUCACAUCACUAUCGGUGUUCUCAGGUGGGUGCAGUUAAUACAAGUGACCAGAUUGUAAACCACAUAUUUUCACUUUUUAUCAUAAAUUUCCUCGAUUUACUUGGUUUGUGGUUACAUCCAUUCAGGGUAAAUGAACAAACGAUUAUCUCCGAAUAAGUUUGUAUAAUACUUUCUAGAAAGUAUUACAAAUUGCUGAAAUAGUAGGACUAACGGAAAAUCAGUUAGAGGAAUCAAGAGUCAAAAUAUUUAUAUAUCCAAAAAAUAAGAAUAAUGGGUUUAUCAAAAAAUAAUGUUUGAAAAAAGCACUGUCUAGUCGCUAAUAGCCAAAAAUUUCAAACUGUGGUAAAAUGUAAAAUUCAUGUGUAACCGUAAUUUUUUACUUUGUAAUUAAAAAUACGUGAAAAUUUAUCUAAAGCGUUUCGAAUUGAUGAGUAGCUAGCGGUAAGACAAUUCGUAGAUUUCUUCUUUUAAUCGGUUGCUAUUAGCGCAAUUCAUUCUUUUGCUCUUACCACUCAAACGAAAAUUCCAAUAUUCCAGCUGCGGAAGCAAAUAAACAUCAAAGCUCUAAACAAUUGUCGUUAUAAAUAUUAGCAACAAUCCCAGCAUUACUAUCACUGUCUUCAAAAUCGUUAAUCUCAGCAUAAGCUUUCAUUGCAAAGCACAAGCACACGCGCAAAAAUAAUAACACUAACGGCUGGAGCGUGACCUGUUAUGAGCUUCUAACUGCCCCAAACACCAAUUAGAAUCUGGAAGAUUUAUAUGACACAGCAGCGUACGCUAGGCCAAUACAAAAAAACUAUUCACAAACCAAACGCACGCUCUGUGCUGUAUCAUCGACUAGCAAAAUAAUAAUAACAGCGAACGCGGCGGACAGAGCGUGAUUUUAAUAGUCGCAAUUUGAACUUCAAUUGGAACAUUAGUUGGGGCUUUCCGUGGGACGACCUCCAAUUAGAAGGUUACCUCUCUUAACCAAAAUUCAGUUAUCUGGAAUUAAAUUAGUAUGAUCGGUACCGUUAGCAGUGAACCAGUGAAUUCUGUGGAUGCAAAACUGCCAUGAUUGACUUCCUGAUCACACUUGCAUGUCAACAUUUGCUGCUGAAAAACGUUUUCAACUUGAAGUGUGAUAUGGAGCAGAUGAGAAGCAUAGAUCCGAACUAUGGUGUCACCUGGAUGUUCCUGCCGGAUGACAAGGGAACACCUCACAUCGUUGAUUUAACGACGCCUAAUGACACUUCGGUAGAACGGGCAGGAAACACCUGCAAUGACGAUGUUACGUUUUACUUCCACCGACAGCAAACCAAGAAUAACCCAAAAGCUUUUAAGUUUAUUAAUGACCCCGCGGCUCCAUUAAGAAUCGAUCCAUCAUACAAUCCCAGUUUGCCGACAAAGUUUGUUAUUCACGGUUGGCGUAAUUCUAUCAGCAGUCCUGUUUGUCAAACGAUUAAAGACGCGUAUCUACAACGACAGGAUAUGAACCUUUUUGUGGUUGACUGGAGUCCGUUGGCGCAAGACACCUUUUACUUCAAAUCGGCUGCUGCUACUCGAGAUGUAGGUCGGCACGUUGGUGCAUUUAUAGAUCGGAUGGUUGUAGAGCAGCUAACCAACCUGGACUCGGUACAUAUAAUAGGACAUAGCUUAGGAGCUCAUACGUCCGGAUUCGCCGGAAGUUUUGUUCGCUCUGGUAGAGUAGCCCGAGUAACCGGCCUCGAUCCAGCCCUUCCUGGAUUUCACGAUCAGCAGCCGGACAAACUACUCGACCCCAGUGAUGCUCGAUUUGUUGAUGUUAUCCAUACGUGUGCGGGAAUGCUAGGGCAUGAUAAAAACCUUGGACAUGUUGAUUUUUGGCCAAAUGGUGGACGAGCUAACCAACCGGGAUGUGGCGGCAUGAACGAUUUUACGGGCGCUUGUAGUCACGGAAGAUCAUACGAGUAUUACGUGGAGUCUGUUUACACAAGAAAUGCAUUCUUAGCCUACCCUUGCAGAGAUAUGAAUGAUUUUAACAGAAACAACUGCCGUACUGAAGCAGUGCCAAUGGGCGAUGGAGUGCCAAUAGAAGCCCGAGGCACUCACUUUUUAGAAACUAAUGCACCGCCCAGAUUUGCUAGAGGAUUACACAGGUGAUAUUUUUGAAAAAAGAAUUCAAUAUUUUUAUUCAGACGAAUAAAUGAAAUUGUUAACAUUAUUAUUUCUAAAAACAAACGCAGAACGAAUAAAACUUAAGCCUAAUUUUGGUUAUAUUCA